AUGGAAGCAGUCUGCGGAUUGCUUGUGGUGUCCGCCAGCCUUGUGCCCAAUCGCGCCCGGUUCGCUCAGGUAGAUAUCGAUGUGCUCCUUUUGGAUGCAGGGCGCAAGGUCCUGUCAGACAGGUGGGAGCAGAUCGGGUCCGGCGGGGUUCGCUCGGCGCUGGCUUUGUGGGGACGACGUUCCAGCCCGGAGGUGCCCUUACGAGUUCUGCUCGAGUGCUUCAGUGACCUGGCGCAGCAUGCCGGAACGAUGCAGGAGGUGGCUCCUGGCAUCCUCCAGGUGCUGAUGCCGCAUUGGCCGCAGGUGGCCGCGCGGCUUGCGGCACUGCAUAGCCCGCCCGGACGCGAUGCACAGCACUGGGAUGAGGACGCCGAGUCGGGGCAUCCCGCUGGACUUUCCGAUGUGGCAGGCUUCCUGUCCUUGGUGGUGAUGCUGCUGGUCGUUCUCCACUGCCGCGCGUUUCGUGAUGGGCCGAGCGAGUACAAGCGUGGCCCUCGCAGCCCUGGCCCAAGGGACAUGCGCGGCGUUGCGUGGCAGACGUGGGUUCAUGAUCACGUGACCGUGAUUGUGAGCGGCGCACAGGGCAAGCCGCCAUCCAGUUUCGCGGAGCUCGCCGACUCGGUGCAGCAGGAGUUUGACGCAUGGUGGCUGGUGCAGCUGCGUGAGGUGCAGGCGCCAGCCUCACCCGCGGCACCUUCGGAGCCGAGUCCUUCGCUGCUUGCGCCGACUCUAGUGCCCCAUCCUGUGCAGGAGGUAUCCGAGUACUCCUUUGUGUGCUGUCAGAGGCUGAGCCAGGUGGCCGCCCAAGGGCGGUUGCAGCACGGGCUCCAGCAUUUCGGCAGCGGACGGCUAACGCAGGGCCUGCUGGCACUGCUGCUGCGUGGAGCCACCGUGACUACUGCCAGCACGGAGGCUGGUAAGGUCCGGACUCUUGACCUUGCUCCCUCGCCACGGCUGGCACUGGCAGUUGCUUUUGCACUGAUUUGGAGGAGCCGAGAGGCCCCUUCUGCUCGAACCAGGCUCGUCUGCUCGGCUUUGUCGGCGUUGUUGGAGGCUUGCCGCGCAAGCGAAGAAGUUGAAGGUAGUUGGGCCGGUCGGAGUCCGCCAACGGGUGCCAAGCUAGUGGGGCACCUUGCGGGGCCGGACGCUAUGUUGGAUCAGCUGGUGGACGAAGUCCCAACAGUCCCUCAAGAGCAAGUCAUGGGUGAAGAGGAGGACGAGACCUCCUGGACACCCUGGUCUGGGCUGCUGCAUUGCAUCAGCGGCCUUGCCCAAGGCAGGUGCACAGAAUGCAACACUGCUUGGACAUGGGAGCACGAGGAUGGGACCCGUUCUGUUGAAUUCGGCGAUCCUUUGGCAGAUGGCGGGCGGACGUCGGGCAUGGAGUUGCUUGCGCCCACCGUGUGCCGCGCACUCGCCGAUUGGCUGAUGCGGAACUGCCCCAGCUUCACCUUGGACUCAUCGCAAUCUCCUGAUGGGCCGGCAGACACUCAGCGUGCAGACCCUGAUCCGCCAGACGCCCGAAGCACGCAAGACUCUUUGCAAUUGGAGCCAGGGAGCUUCCUGGAGAUGCUACACAAUGGUACUUGCUGGGAGGCGGAUGAGGGGCCUCUUUCGCAGCAGCUUGGAAAAACAGACUGGUGGCCGAAACUGGAGGCCCAGCGUCCUGAAGCUACACCCAUGCUUCUUCUGGCCAUCAUGGCUGCUGAGAAGCCAUGGAUUUGGCAUUUGCCGUGGACUACCCGAUUUCGUUUCCACUUAGCGCAUGCUCUCUACUUGGUCAAAGCAGCGGCCACGGGCCUGUCUCAACGAGGCCCGACUGCACUCCCGAGUUCGGGAUUCACGGUGUCUUGUUUGGGAUGUUCCCCUUAUACUAACAGUCCUUAG